AUGGCUUCACAAGGUUCCUGUGGACGAGAAGCAGAGCCAAAACAGACCCUCUCUCUCUUUCUCUCUCUCUCUCUCUCACAUGGAGCUCUCAGUGACUCCUCCGUCUUCCCUCCGGCCAUCACCCCUCUCCGCAGCUCCGCCUCGUCUCGCCGUCGGGACGGGCGCGGCGGCAAGCCGACGUGCCAAUGCUCCACCGGUCUUUACUUCAAGUUCUCGCACAGUUCGCCGUCGCUCGGCGUGUCCAGUCCGAAAAGCCGGUCGAGACCUGCCCCGAGAAGAUCCGAUGGGAGGAGCCUUAUCCAGGCCUGUGCUCGAGUUGGAGCAGCUGGAUCUGAUCCUAUAUUGAGUAAAGUCUCUGAGUUUAAAGAUGCACGUUGGAGAUUUUUUAAACCUCAUUCAAUAAGAGGAACAUCUCUGGGCUCCUUUUCAUUGGUGGCUAGAGCUCUGAUCGAGAACUCGCACCUGAUAAAGUGGUCUCUUCUGCUUAAAGCAUUCUCUGGUCUUUUUGCUCUAAUAUGUGGGAAUGGAUAUAUUGUCGGCAUCAAUCAGAUAUACAAUAUCGGCAUUGACAAGGUCAACAAACCUUACUUGCCUAUAGCAGCAGGAGAUCUUUCUAUUCAACAUGCCUGGCUUUUGGUGAUAUUUUUUGCAGUGACUGGCCUGUCGAUUGUUGCUUCAAACUUUGGAUCAUUCAUCACUUCUCUUUACAGUCUGGGUCUUUUUCUUGGAACCAUCUAUUCUGUUCCUCCUUUUAGGAUGAAGAGAUUUCCUGUUGCAGCAUUUCUUAUUAUUGCCACGGUAUAUUUUCUGCCUUUUUUUUUCGUAGAUUUGAGGUGUCUUGUCCCACAUCUUUUCGAUGGGGAUGCACAAUAUAUCAUGAUUUUGAAUCAGAAGAGAGAUUCAUCGCACUAUUCUGUGCUGAUAAUGAUUGUUGGCAUAAUUCAUAAAUACUCUGACACAGAAUAG